UUGCCAGUCUGUGAUAUGACUGAGGUGAUGAUUACCAGCACCCCCAUGGAGGACAUGAGGCUCAGUCCCACCAAGGACAGACUUUCCUUCCAGAUCUUCCCCGACCCAUCUGACUUUGAGCGCUGCUGUAAGCUCAAAGACCGCCUUCCCUCCAUCGUGGUGGAGCCCACGGAUGGCGAGGUGGAGAGCGGCGAGCUCCGCUGGCCUCCCGAAGAGUUUCUAGUCAGCGAGGAGGAUGAUGACGACGACGAGCCCAACCACGGUGCCGUCCAAAAUGGACAGGACGCCGUGAACUCCCAGCGUUAG